AUGUUUGCGAGAGCCUCUCUUUGCUCUUCGUGCAAGCGGCCGGUGCCAUUGCGAGUACUGAGGCAACCAUACAAUCAUUACUUACACGCGUCCCCGGCAUUGGAGCUCCCGCGGCGGAAAGACUUCUUCUCGUCCAAUGCACAUUUAGCGCAGAAGUCAAAUAAAGAAGAUGGAGCAGAGUCCUUGGACGGUCAGAAGCAACGCAGACGAGGAGUCAGGUCGCCAGCCGCACCGACAUCAUUAAGACGGGUCGCGGUGGAGGCACAACGGUCAAGAGAUGGGUUUCUUUCCAAGGCCCAGCUCAGAGAGCAGGGCAUUCACCAAACAAAGAUAGUCACUGCCUACGCUGUUGCCGAGCAAUUCGAUAUACGCAAAGUUCGAGACAUUCUACAAGAAAAAGGGUACGAGCCCGAUCCAUUAGAUACAGGGCUUUUUCCGCAGGUCGUCCACGUCCAAAUCCCUAUUGAUUCAAUAAGACGAGUUGCAAACCCAUCCACGACCGAUCUUGCCUCGAACGAAGUCGGUGAUAUCUUCGUCUUCCCAUCCGGCACAGUAGUAGCAUGGGCACUCCCCGAAGGAUUUACAUCAUUUUUGGCAACAAGGACCUUACUUCCUGCAGCCGAGGGAGCUCAUGUGGAUGAAUUGGAGACCGAGGAUCUCGAAUUUGUCGAAGACCCGAACCGUGAGAAUAGCAGCAUCAAGGGCGACACCAUUAUUUUGGGAACCAGAUCUACAAAUGAAGGCCCGGAAAUACCAUUAACACAGCAACAAUCCAUGGACACCGUCUUGACUAAAGUUGCAUUCUCAUCCGGCUUGGCUCGGAGUACAAAGCUUGCUGUGCUUGAAAGUCUUCUGUCGAAUUAUUUCGAAUCCACCCGCACUAUCCCCACACUUCUAUCGAAAGGUUCUCGUCUGCCAUAUACCCGAGACUUUAUCCUCCGCAAGACAGGUCAGCUACUCAGCGUACGUGCACAGCUGAAUCUCUAUUCGGAGUUAACAGACUCUCUCCCGGAUAUUUUCUGGGACAGUCGACAUGAGCUUGGAUUGGAGGGUUACUACGAACAAGUGGGUCGCGCCCUAGACGUGGGGAUCCGUAUCAAGCUCUUGAAUGAGAAGAUGGACUAUGCGCAGGAGAUUGCUAGUGUCCUACGCGAGCGUCUCAGUGAAACCCACGGUCUCCGACUCGAAUGGAUCAUUAUCCUCCUCAUUGCCGUUGAAGUAGGCUUUGAGGUGCUCCGACUGUGGAAAGAGAGGGUGCAUGAGCAAGAGGAAAAGGAAAAAGCGCGGAAAGAGAAUUCGGUCAUCUGA